AUGCUUCGUGAGCUAUUGUAUGUUGCUGCAGGGUUGGUUUCGCUGGCCUACGCGGCCGACAUCUUCUUCAAUGGCGGAGAUGACCCUCGAGAGCCUGUGCGGAUACGGCCAAGAUUUCCCCUGAUAGGACACGUGCUUGGGUUGAUGGCAGAGGGACCAACAUACUACCGGAAGACCAGCAAGGCCGCAGGCACAGAGAUCUACACGCUGGGAUGUUUCAACUUCAAAGUCUACAUCAGUGCUUCCAGUCGUCUGCUGCCUUUCAUCCAAAAGCACUCUCGCGCACUAUCUUUCCGGCCCUUUCUCCAGCUUGUAGCGCGCAAAUAUGGCGACGCCUCAGAUGCUGCCUACGAGAUCUUUGGCGGGACCUUGCCCGACGAUCUGAGCCAGUCGGUCAAGAUGAGUCUGGCCCCUGGCCGUCAUCUCGAUCAGCUCAGUUUGAGAAUGGGCAAAAGGGUACUGGUCGACAUACAAGAGCUUCUCAACAACUCAAAUGGGGACGGCGUGCGUCUUCUCGCAUGGGCAAGACAUGCCGUGGUGCAGGCUACGAGCUGCGCCGUCUACGGAGAGGAGCAUCCGUUCCUCGACCCGGAGGUUGAGAGUUCAUACUGGAAAUGGAUGACAUACCUGACGGCGCAUCUGGUCGGUUGGCUCGACGUGACAAAGAAGGGCUACGCCGCGAGGCAGAGGGUGUUUAAAUCCUACAUCAGGUAUUGCAGCAACGUCCCCGAAGAAAGCUCCCACCUCAUGAAGGAGCACCAGCGCGUCCUCGGCGAGGCCGGCAUAUCCAACACAGACAAGGCCAAACAGGCCGCCAUAUUCACCAUUGCCUCGUUCAGCAACUCAGCGCCAACUUUGUACUGGACACUGUGGGAGCUCUUUUCCCGCCCCGAGAUCCUGUCCGAGGUCAGGGAGGAGCUUUUGACCAGCGGCGCCGUCGUCGUCUCCCCACCUGAACAAGUCGAUAGCGAAAAAACCUUUGUCCUCGACGUCGCAAUCCUCAAGUCCCACUGCCCCCUCCUCCUCUCCGUAUUCCAAGAAACCCAACGCACCCGGCACGUCAACCCCAGCUUCCGCAAAGUCCUUCACGACACCUUGCUCGACGACAAGUAUCUCCUCAAGGAGGGCCACUACCUGCAAGUUCCCGGCAACGUCAUUCACUACGAAACAAACAUCUGGGGCCCGACGGCCUCGCAGUUUGACCCGUACCGGUUUGUGCCGAAAAAGGGCGAGGGCGAAAAGGAAAUGCUCGUCAAGACUGCCAGCGGGUUCGUUCCCUGGGGCGCGGCGCCCUAUCUCUGCCCCGCGAGACAGUUUGCGGCCACUGAGAUACUGAUUAUUGCUGCGCUCUUGGCCAUGCGGGCGGAUAUUACGCCUGCGGGUGGGCGGUGGGAUAAGAAUCCGGCGCUGAACCAUGCGGAUUUGGCGACGCUUUCGCCUCCGAAGAAGGAUGUGGAGAUGAGUGUUGGGGUGCGUGAGGACUGGGUGGGCAAAUGGGAGUUGAAGAUGGGCGAGAGCAAGAGUCGUGUUCCUCUUGCGUCGGGGUAA